UUCCCUUUCACUUCCGGGGUCGCUCUGGAUCCGCUGGUUCCGUAACAACAUCCCGUUGGCUUCCCUCAGGCGGCGGGACCGGUGCAGCCGCCGCCUCCCAGGAGCGCCGCCCGCCCGGGGCUCACUGCGCUCCUCCCCGGGCCCAGUCCGCCAUGGCCACCAACCCGCAGCCGCAGCCACCUCCUCCCGCGCCACCGCCUCCCCCGCCGCAGCCGCAGCCGCCGCCGCCGCCGCCCGGCCCCGGGGCUGGCUCGGGCGCGGGCGGGGCCGGGGGUGCGGGCGCCGGCGCCGGGGACCCGCAGCUCGUGGCCAUGAUCGUGAACCACCUCAAGAGCCAGGGGCUCUUCGACCAGUUCCGCCGGGACUGCCUGGCCGACGUGGACACCAAGCCUGCCUAUCAGAAUCUGAGACAGCGUGUUGACAACUUUGUUGCAAACCACUUGGCAACUCAUACAUGGAGUCCCCACCUCAACAAGAACCAGCUUAGAAACAAUAUUCGACAGCAAGUGCUCAAAUCAGGAAUGUUGGAGUCUGGUAUUGACCGAAUUAUUUCUCAGGUUGUGGAUCCAAAGAUCAACCACACAUUCAGACCUCAGGUGGAGAAAGCCGUGCAUGAGUUUCUGGCCACGCUCAAUCACAAGGAGGACGCGGGUGGCAGCACCGCCCCGGACGACGAGAAGCCGGACUCUUCCACCAUCACGCAGGGUGUCCCCACCCCCGGACCCAGUGCGAACGUGGCCAGUGAUGCCAUGUCCAUCUUGGAAACUAUCACUUCUCUCAACCAAGAAGCUAGUGCUGCCAGGGCUUCGACAGAAACGUCAAAUGCCAAGACCGGUGAGAGAAUGUCCAAAAAACCCCCAUCUCAGCCAAGCACUGACACUAGUGCUGAGAAAGAGAGGACUUCAGAGGACACAGCUGAUAAAGAAAAAUCUACACCUGACUCUUCAGGGGAAGGGCAGGAAGCUGCCCCUGGGUCUGAAGAACUUAGUGAUCCCCCUUGUCCAACUGAAGAAAUGAAAAAUCACACAAGAGAAAGUACUAGUUCAGUUCUGCUAAAUAAGGAUGCUCAACAAGAAAGCAGUGACCAAAAAAGCAAAUCAGCAGAUAAAGGUGAAAAGAAGCCAGACAGCAAUGAAAAGGCAGAAAGAAAGAAAGAGAAGAAGGAAAAGACUGAAAAGAAAAUCGAUCACUCAAAAAGAAGCGAAGAUGUACAAAGAGUAAAAGAUGAAAAACAAGCAAAGGAUAAAGAAGUAGAAUGUUCAAAACUUCCUUCAGAAAAAACCAAUAGUAAAGCUAAAACUGGCGAAGGAACAAAAGAAGAUUUCUCUUUGAUAGAUUCUGAUGUGGAUGGACUUACAGACAUCACAGUUAGCUCCGUCCACACCAGUGACCUUUCAUCUUUUGAAGAAGACACUGAGGAGGAGGUUGUGAUGUCUGAGAGCAUGGAAGAAGGAGAGAUUACAUCAGAUGAUGAAGAGAAGAACAAGCAAAACAAAACAAAAACUCAAACCAGUGAUCCCAGUGAAGGAAAAGCAAAAAAUGUGCGGCAUGCUUAUGUUCACAAACCAUAUCUUUACUCAAAGUAUUAUAGUGAUUCUGAUGAUGAACUUACUGUGGAACAACGGCGGCAGUCUAUCGCUAAAGAAAAAGAAGAGAGACUUUUAAGAAGGCAAAUUAAUAGAGAAAAACUUGAAGAAAAACGAAAACAGAAAGCGGAAAAGACAAAGUAUUCAAAAGCUAAAAGUCAAGGCAAAAGCAGUGUGGACUUAGAAGAACCAUCCACAAAAGGUUUGGAGCCCAAAGCCCCCCGAAUUAAAGAAGUCCUUAAAGAGCGGAAAGUUUUAGAGAAAAAGGUAGCCUUAAGCAAAAGGAGGAAAAAGGAUUCCAGGAACAUUGAUGAGAAUGCUAAAAAGAAACAGCAACCUGAAGAAGAUUCUAGAGAAACACUCAAAACAAGUGAGCAUUGUGAAAAGGAAAAAGCAUCUUCUUCCAAGGAUUUGAAGCAUGUUCAUGCAAAGAGUGAACCAAGUAAACCUGCCCGGAGACUUUCAGAGUCUUUGCACCCAGCUGAUGAAAACAAAAACGAAUCCAAAAUAGAAAGGGAACACAAGAGACGGACUUCUACCCCUGUUGUGGUGGAAGGGGUGCAGGAAGAGACUGACACAAGGGAUGGAAAAAGGCCAGUGGAACGCUCAGAAAGUGGCACAGAAGAGCCCCAGAAACAGAAAAGCACACUCAAAAACGAAAAGCAUCUAAAGAAAGAUGAUUCAGAAACACCACAUUUAAAAAGCCUGCCUAAGAAAGAGGCGAAAUCCUCCAAGGAAAAGCCUGAAAAAGAGAAAACUCUGUCAGAAGACAAACCGUCUACAAAACACAAGUACAAAGGUGACAGUGCACAUAAAGCAGGUGACGAGGCUGAGGUCCACUCUUCUGAGAGAGGCCUGAAAGAUGAGAACGUUCAGAAGACAAGUCAGCAAACAAAACUUGCGUCAGAUGAUAAAGCUGAACGAAGAAGUAAACACCGGAAUGAAAGGAAAUUGUCAGUUUUGGGCAAAGAUGGUAAACCAGUUUCUGAGUAUAUCAUAAAAACCGACGAGAACGUUCGUAAAGAAAAUAAGAAAGAGAGGCACGGGUCAGCCGACAAAACGAAGGCAGAGCACAAAUCAAGAAGAUCAAGUGAUUCUAAAAUUCAGAAGGACUCUCUGAGCUCCAGGCAACAUGGAAGCACAGUACAGAGAAGAAGCGAAAGUUACUCCGAGGAUAAAUGUGAUAAUGACUCGACUAACGCAGAUAGUAAUUCCAAACCAGAAGAGGUGGUUCACAAGGAGAGGCGAAGAACCAAGAGCUUGUUGGAAGAGAAACUUGUGUUGAAGACUAAGUCCAGAAGCCAAGGCAAACAGUUGAAAGCAUCUGAAACAGAAUCACAGGAAAAUACCACAAAACUGGCAACCACUCCAAAACCAGAGAAGGAGAAGAACACUGAAGAAGGUGACCCAGAGAGACAGCGCAAGUCCAGGGUUGAAGACAGACCUUCUGAGGAGAGCGGUGUGGACCCCACGUCAGAGAGCGCGGCCCCUUCAGCACAUAGCGUGCAGAGAGAGUCUGGUCACAGAGCGAAGUUGCCGCCAGCAAAGGAGAGGUGCAAGGGUGACAAAGAGUCAGGCGCCACCAGACUCGAGAGAAGGCUGUCAGACGGGCACAAAAGCAGGAGCUUAAAGCACGGUAGUAAGGACGCGAAAAAGAAGGAAGACAGCAAAACAGAGGACAAGGAUGGAAAAGAAGGUGACGGCAGUCACGAGAAGCCCAGAGGAAGUGGUUCGGUCGUAGAGAAGAAGUUAAGUAGAAGGUUGUGUGAAAAUCGAAGAGGCAGCGUAUCCCAAGAGAUGGCUAAAGGAGAAGAAAAACCAGCAGCAAACCCUUCGGGCGCUCCCAGUAGUUCCUCCCUUCAGAGACCAAAAAAAAGUGAUCCUGCCCUGAUACCUGAACAAGAGCCAAUGGAAAUUGAUCCCGAGCCAGCCACGGAAAAUGCAGCAGAGGUCCGCAAAACCCAAGAUGGCAGCAGUAGCUCUCAGCAAGACCUUGACUCAGAAAAUGUUAUGAAACAAAAAACCACCACUGCAGUCCUGAGGGAGGGGUUACAGACUCCCACAGGGGACUCAAAAACAGCAUCUCCAGCCUGUAGAUCAGGACGUGGAACAGGAGCUGUUGGUAAUUCUGAAAAGCACGCUGACCAUAGAAGCACCCUGACCAAGAAAAUGCAUCUCCAAAGCUCCGUGUCCAAACCUAACUCUGGGGAGAAGGAGUCCGCUCAACGAGGAACUCACGAAAUGAAUGUAGACUCUGAAACGAGUCACUGUUUGUUACCCCAUGCCCCGUCAGAAAGUGACAGGGCACAGAAGAAUUUGAAAACCACCACCAAGCCCACUGAAGAACGCCUUGCUCCAGGAGACGCCACUCUUAAACAUUCCACAAAGGCAGAUCCCGCCCCGUCCUUAGGCCCCAUGGCUGCUGGGUCUCAGAAACAUUCUCACAAUUCAGGGGUGCCUCCUGUAGUUGACGAAAGAACUGGGUCAGAAGGUGCCACAGCCAGCCCCUCGCUCGGCCACCACUCUGAAAUCCCUAGGCAAAGCUGGACUGUUGGGGAAUCAGAAGUCCCUAGGACAAGUGACAGCAGAGAAGGCGAUGCAGUUUCCAUGGUAGAUACACCAGCAGAAGCCAGCGUGGAGAGCAGAGGACGCAUUCCGGAGGUUGCCCAGGCCUUCGUGCCGCACAGCAGGCAAGGGAAAGCAGACACGCCUGUGGGCAGUGAGUCAGCAGACAGGACGGUGGGAAAUGAGGAUGCUGACAAGGAAGGUGGCUUGAUGGAUGCAGAUGGGAAAGGAAGGGACUCAAAUUCGAAGCAUACAGUUAGGGCUUCUGUGGAAAAUGGUGACAAGGCUGGUGCUGCUGUUGAUCAGGUGGAAGGCAUGAACUCAGAUCCUCUUGGACUUGAGCAGAGCAGAGGCCCAGGUGAAGCCAAAAACACACCAGUCGAUGCUGACAGAAGGCACGGACACAGUGAAGUGGACACCAGUGUCGGAAGCAACGCCGUGUCCUCUGUUCUACAUCAAAGGAGCGGGAAAGCUGAGACACCGACCGCCAGGCCUGGUAGAGGAGAAAAGGCUUCCAUCGCCAGCAGCACUGAGGGGAAGGACAGCAGUGUUCCCCUAAACCCGGUGAAGGCGGGGACGGCCACAACCACAUCUGCAGAGAUGGUGGAGGGUGGGGUGGCCGUGCCUUGCACAAGCAUCGAGGCGGACGAAGGCCUCACAACAGGCAUGUGCUCCGAAAACCACCCUCUUCAUGUCGGGGCGGAAGCCAGAGAAGGCACUGUCUUUGCCGCGGCAGAGGAAGGUGGGGGUGUUGUCACAGAAGGAUUUGCAGAAAGCGAAACGUUCCUCACAAGCACCAAAGAAGGAGAAAGUGGGGAAUGCGCGGUGGCCGAGCCUGAAGAAAGAAAGACAGAACCUGCGAUGGCCCCCGCGGGGACCACCGGGGCUGACGCCAGGAGCGCAGCCUCGGAGGAGAAGGACGACGCUGUGACCAGCGCGGGCUCUGAGGGCAAGUGCGAUGGGUCUUCAGGUGGAGACUCGGACCUCGUGGAAGGAACGGUCACGUUUAUCAGUGAGGUUGAGAGCGACGGGGCAGUAACAAGCGCGGGGAUGGACAUCAGGGAGGGGUCCCUGAGCAACGAAGAGUUGGAUGGAUUCCAGAGAAGCCCGCGGAGAGCAGGUCCCAAGAAGGAAAGCGAGGGGACGGUGACGUGCACAGGGGCAGGGGGGAGAAGAGACGGCGGCGUCUUGUGCUCCGCAGCUGGCGUGGGGCUACAGGAGCAGCGCAGGGUGACGGGGGCCCCCGGGGGCCCGGUAGACACCCCCACGCCCGCGGCAGCCAGCGCUGCCCAAGAGGAAAGCGCUUCUGUGACAGACGGCCCGGAGGGUGAGAGUGCCGUCACCAGCACCGGGAUCACGGAGGAGGAUGCGGAGGGCCUGGCGAGCUGCACAGGUUCGGAGGAGAGCGGCGAAGGCUUUGCCCUGAGUUCCGAAUCUGAAGAAAACGAAGAGAGUGCCAUGGACAGCACAGUAGCCAAAGACCCCACUGAUGCGCCGGUGGUGGCUGCCGGCCCCGGCGACGACGAGGGCGUGGUGACCAGCACGGGCGCCAAGGAGGACGAGGACGAAGGGGAGGGCGUGGUGACCAGCACGGGCCGGGGGAACGAGGUCGGGCACGCGUCCACGUGCACAGGGAUGGAGGAGGAGAGCGAAGGGGGGUCGGUCUGCGAGAGUGCAGGAGGGGACGGGCAGCUCGGCCCUGCGGCGGGCCUCGUGGAUGCCGAGGCCGGCGGCACCGUCCCGCACGCGAACGAGAGUACCGUGGACAGCGUGAGUGGCGCGGAGAAGGACGCUAAAGACGCCGAGAUCUGCUCCAGCGCCAAAGGGGUCGUGGAGAGCAGCGUCAGCAGCGGGGUUGCAGCGGAGGGCGUGGCGGCUCCCGCUCCCGAGGGUCGCCAGGGGCCCAUGACGAGCGCGGCUUCAGACCGCAGGGACAGUGAGCUCAGCAGAAAGGAGAAAGCCGAUGACACCACGCCCUCCACCGGCCUGGUGGGGGGCAGUUACGAGGCCCUCGUGUCUGCAGCUGUCCCAGAACACGGGCCUCCUCACACAUCGCCGGGCGAAAAAGAAGAUGAGGGUGUCAUCACCUCCGUGGAAAACGAAGACUGUGACGGCCUUGUGGCCGCCACAGCCAGUGACAGUAUCGCCAACCAGGCCGGGGUGGCUGGGGGUUCAGGUGAAGGGAAGGGCUUGGUGAUCUCCACCAGCACGACAGACGAUCUCACCCCACAGCUGAGCACCGUGGUAGACGUGGGGGCGGGCCGUUCAAGCGCCCCAAGACCUGAAGAGAGCGCGGAAGGCCCCAGAGUGAACGUGGAGGAAUUCGAGGCCCCCAUGCCCAGCGCGGCGUCGGGUGACGGGAGCCAGCUCACAGCUGCGAGAAACGAGGAGAAAGACGAGUGUGCCAUGAUUUCCACGAGCAUCGGGGAGGAGUUCGAGGUGCCCAUUUCCAGCGCGGCAGCCCUCCACGGCGCCCGGAGUCCGCAGCCGGUGGCAGCCGCGGAAGACCGAGCCAAAGGGCUGGCCCCCGUGAGCGCCGACGACUUCGAGGGGCCCACACCCAGUGCGCCCGCGCAAGCCGAGAGCCCCCUCGCUUCAACCAGCAAGGAGGAGAAGGACGAAUGUGCCCUCAUUUCCACCAGCAUCACGGAAGAUUGCGAGGCCUGUGUGUGUGGUGUGGCUACGGAACGGGAGCAUGAGCCACCCGUCCUGGAGGAGAAGGACGGCAGCGCCAUCAUCUCCACAAGCUCCGGAGAGGACUGCGAGGGCCCGGUGUCCAGUGCGCUCACUCGAGAGGACGCCCGGGCCUCGGUCACGCCGGCGGAAGAGACGAGCGACGCGGCCAUGAUUUCCACCAGCACCUCGGAAGGCUGUGAGGCGGUCAUGGCGGGCGCCUUCCCUCAGGAGGAGGAGCCGCCCGCCGUCGUGGGCCCGGAGGACGUGAGCGACGCCGCCAUCAUCUCCACCAGCACGGCCGAAUGCCUGCUGGCCCCCGCUGGUCUCGACCGGCAAGAAGAGGUUCAUCCGAGUGCAGGCAGCCCCAAAGGAAAGGAUGCCCCGUCAGCCACGAAGACGAGCCCUCCUCAGGCCCCUUUGUCCAGCCUAAUGGCCGAGGACACGUGUCAGUGUCCUGGGCCCUCCACAGGGGGAGAAGAAGUGGGCCCCGUGGUGGCAGGGGGCACUGGGGAAGGGCAUGACCCAGCGUUGGUCAGCAUGCUCUCUGCAGGUGUCAGGCGGGUGUUGGAGAGCAAGGGGCUUGGCAAGGACUGUGCAGACAGAGUUCAGAGAGAAGAUGAAAGGCCUGAGGCAGGGGCAUCAGGGGGCAGCACGCCAGCGAGGUGUCCAGCAGGGGGGAGCGGGGACUCACCUGUCGACCCGCAAGGACCAGAGCAGGUGCCCGAGGGCACCUCCGUCAGUGUGUGCUGUUUGACAGCAGUCAGUCCCGGUGCUGAAAAAGCUGAUGACCCGCGGGGGCCUGAGGGCAACUUGAAAACCACCACCCUGGAAUGUGUUAAUGGCCAGGAGUCAGAACCGGCUCCUUCCCACACAGCAGCCCUCCCCACCGCCUAUGGUGUAGCGCUCUCAGCCUCUAAGCAGGAGCAGAACUUGACCAGCAAGAGUGACCACCGUGGCCAGUGCACUGUCCCAGCGUCUGCUGAGAAAACAGGAGAAGGUAACAGCGUGACCAAGUCCUGCCAGCAAGGUCUUCAAGUCACUGUUUCUUCUGAAGAAAAUUUGCAUGACCUAGGCAGCGAAGAGUCUCCAUUGAAUGCUCUGGGGGGACUGGGACUGAAAACCAACUUGAAACCUGAGGUAUUUGUGCCAUCAGGGGAAGAGAAAAAUCAUGACGUUUCAGCACCACCAGGAAGUCCAAGUGGGAGAAAGCUGAGUGGAACAGUUGAACUGCAGAGGGAGCCUUCGCUGGCGAUUGAAUCACCAAAUGUCGAAAAUGCAGGCUCAGAAACAACUGAAGUUCAUGGGAAAUUUUAUAGCAAAGAAGAGAUAUCCAAUGGUGGAAAAGACAACACAGAAGCCUUAAGAUGUCGCGGUGUUGAAGCAAAUCCUAAAGAGGUUGAAGAGGAAGAAAGGCACAUACCUAAAAGAAAAAGGAAGAAGCAGUACCUCUCUUCCGAAGAUGAACUGGACGAUACCCCAGAUGUCCUGGAUUCCAAAAUAGAAACAGCACAGAGGCAGUGUUCCGGAACUGAGCCACAAGAUAGAAAGGAAGAGAGCUCUGGGGAUUUGGAAGAGUUAUCUAAAGCAAGUUCUAAGACAGACAUCACUGCUUCAAGGGCCAUGGAAGAGAAAGAUGAAUCCAGCAGCAGUGAAGCUGCCGGUGAAAAGACAGAGCAGAAUGACGAUGACACCGUAAAAUCUCAGGAGGAAGAUCAGCCAGUAAUUAUUAAAAGGAAAAGAGGAAGACCUCGUAAACACCCUGUAGAAACAUCAUUAAAAACAAAAGAUGACUGCAAAACAGAUGCUGGCCUUGUCACUGUAGAACAAUCUCCACCUGGCGGCAAGCUGAAAGUCAUGCACACAGAUGAAGCCAAUAAAGAAACACCUAACCUUCAAGAACGAAGUGGAAGCAAUGAUGAUAGUGAAGAAAAAUCUGUGGCAAGUCUGCGUCGGAGAGGAAGAAAGCCCAAGCGUUCGCUCACUCUGUCAGAUGAUGCUGAAUCCUCAGAGCCAGAACGCAAACGUCAGAAAUCAGUUUCUGAAGCGACUGAGGACAAGAAAGACCAGGAGUCUGAGGAGGAGGAGGAGGAGGAGGAAGACGAGGAGCCAUCCGGAGCCACCACAAGAUCCAGCACCAGAUCAGAGGCUCAGAGAUCAAAGGCACAGCUCUCCCCUUCUGCCAAGCGCAAGAGAGAAGCCAGCCCCCCCGGGGCGCGCACCAGAGGCCAGCAGAGGGUGGAGGAGGCCCCGGUGAAGAAGGCGAAGCGGUAAUGGGACCGCGGCCACCCCGGCCGGUCCGCAGGGGCCACGGGGCCACGAGCUGCAGCGUUUAACCGGGGGAAGGCUGUGCAUGUGCGCCAAGUACCUAGGUGCAAGCUUUUUCUUGUUACGUUCUAAACAGCUUUAUAAACUAUUGUUCAUAGAGGUAUUAUGUACAUUAAUUUCAGAUAAAGGAAAAUAAGUUUACUUUGUAUCUGAACUCAAAACAAAGUAGUUGUAUAUUUUAACAUUCGAAAUUGGGAUUUCCCGAUGUGACACGUCACUCAUGCAAACCCUUCCAGCCCAUCAGACACCAGGCUGCCCACUGGUAAUCUGUGUACAGUAUAUAAACAUGUAAAAAUAGGUUGUAUUUUACUCUAUGUAUGAUGCUAAUCAAUGAACACUUUAUUUAUUUUACAGAGAAAACUUAUCUGUGAACUUUACUAUAUAUCUGUUUAUUUUAUUUUAUUAUUAUUGUUUUUUUUUUAAAUAAAAAAGGGGGUUUUAAAUGCUAUGCAGUCAUCAGUAGAGAUGUUUUAGGACUCUGCCUCCCCCGUAACUAUCUGAAUCUCAUCUGGCAGGAAAUGCAGACGCUUCUCGCAUGUAUCCGGGUAAAGUAGGUUAGCUCAAGAAAGGGUCUCCAUUGCGUUUCCUUUCACAGUCGUGACUGUUUUUUAAGAAUGUAACUCGUUUGUAGGUGAUGCUCGCAUCUGUGACUUUACUACCAGCCCCUCCGGCGUCGGGGGUUCUGGGUCCGUCACCUGCAGCAGAAACCCCUCUGUCGGUACCCAUGUCUCUCUGUGCUGCCCCAUAUUCUUCCCACAGUGUCUUUUUCAGCGAAGAGAAAUGCAUUGAAGAUUAGGUCACUCCUGUCUGUCGAGCUUCAGGAUUAUAUGUUGUUUUAUACACAAUUAUUUCAAGAUAGAACCUGGCUUUAUUGCCAGAUUCUUUUUUAAACAUGUUUUAACUCCCAUAUGAGCAAACUGUCCAACUUAAGUUUUUCAUAAAAUUAAACUUUUCUUAAGAUCAAAUUUGUCUCUAGCAAUGAUGUGAUGAGUUGCCAAAUAAUUGAGAUUAUUUUAAAAUGUUUUGUUCAUAUUCUUGUUUUAUAAUUAAAAUUUACAUUCAGUGUGUGUGAAUUUUUUUUUUUUUGGACUCUUAAUGUAAGGUGGAUAUUUCUGUCAUUUUACAUUGUUUCUUACUGAGAUUUUAUAUAUAAAUUAUAAAAUGUUUCCCAAAA